CAGUAGUGUUUUGUUUGCGUCCAGGUCGGUGGUGCGCAGUGCCAUACCGUUUUAUAGAUAGCACCCGAGAAAAAUUGUCGCAAAAUUACAUUACAUAACAGUGUGGCAAUACCACCAAUUGAUGUGUUGUUUUUAUUAAUCAUCUGAUAAUAAAUUCGAAAUUAAAAUGUCAACGACACGAUUACUAUCACUCCAACGGUGCUUGCCAUUGCGCCGAUCAUCUGCGGUCAGAUGGAACACCCAUCCUGAAUCAGCUGCUGCCUCCCAGUUCCAUUCCCCAUCUGGUAGCGAAAGGGGGCACACUCAAGCCAGAAGCAUGUCGUCGGUGGCGAAUCUCACCUUGGAUAACCUGAACCCCCAGAUCAAGGUGAUGGAGUACGCGGUCAGGGGGCCCCUGGUCAUCAGAGCGGGCGAGAUCGAGAAAGAACUGGAAAAGGGCGUGAAAAAACCCUUCAAUGAAGUGAUUAAGGCAAACAUCGGAGAUUGCCAUGCCAUGGGCCAAGUCCCUAUCACCUUCAUCCGCCAAGUCUUGGCCCUUGUCUCUUACCCGAAACUUCUCGAAGAUUCUCGUUUUCCUGACGAUGUUAAAGAAAGGGCCCGAACUAUCCUUAAAGGUUGCAGGGGAAGUUCAGUCGGUUCUUACACCGAUUCACCUGGAAUUGAAGUAAUUCGAAAACAUGCAGCUCAGUAUAUUGAACGACGUGAUGGUGGGAUUCCUUGUGAUUGGCAAAACGUUAUUUUGAGUGCAGGUGCAAGUGAUGCUAUUAAGAAUGUGUUGAAAUUGUUGAUUUGUGAUGUUGGUGGAAAAAAGCCAGGUGUUAUGGUUCCGAUUCCUCAGUAUCCUCUCUAUUCGGCUUCUUUGGCCGAAUUCAAUAUGCACCAAAUUGGGUACUUUUUGGAUGAGUCGAAGGGUUGGGGAUUGGAUGUUUCAGAACUGCAGCGAUCAAUAGACGAAGCACGAAAAGUCUCAAACCCCCGAGCUAUCGUAAUCAUAAACCCGGGGAACCCCACAGGCCAGGUGCUAUCACGACAAAACAUCGAAGAAAUUAUCAAAUUCGCCCACAAGGAGAAACUAUUCCUUUUCGCCGACGAAGUUUACCAAGACAAUGUCUAUGCCGAAGGCUCAAAAUUCUACUCAUUCAAGAAGGUUUUGAUCGAAAUGGGUAAACCAUACAGCGACAUGGAAUUGGCAAGCUUCAUGUCUUGCUCAAAAGGCUACAUGGGAGAGUGUGGUUUGAGAGGUGGCUAUGCCGAAGUCAUCAAUAUGGACCCACAAGUUAAAGCAAUGUAUUUGAAAGCAAUCAGCGCAAUGUUGUGUCCCACUGUUUUGGGACAAGCGACACUUGAUACUGUUGUGCAUCCGCCAGAAAAGGGCGAACCCAGCUAUGAACAAUUUAUAAAGGAGAAAAGUGGAGUCCUUGAAUCACUUAAAGUGAGAGCGAAAAUGGUGGCUGACACCUUCAACUCCUUUGAAGGAUUCAAGUGUAAUCCAGUCCAGGGUGCUAUGUAUGCCUUCCCCCAGUUCACUCUGCCGCCUAAAGCCAUCGCCGAAGCCAAGAAACAGAACAAGGCACCUGAUGUGUUCUACGCUUUCGAGUUGCUCGAGAACACAGGCAUUUGUAUUGUGCCAGGAUCAGGAUUUGGACAACAACCAGGCACUUAUCAUUUCCGUACUACAAUCUUGCCACAAACUGACAAACUCAAGAGUAUGUUGGAUAAAUUUAAGGAGUUCCAUACACAAUUUCUCAAGAAGUAUGGUUAAGAAAUUUCUAGUCCUAAAUUGUUGAUUUAUUGUUACUCGAUUGGUACCAAUGUAACUUUUGUUUUUGUAAAUAAUUUAAUUUUAAAACACUCUAAUGAUUGUAUAAAGUAACUGUAACAGUUUUGUAAAGUGUGCCCCACAGCUGAACAUUGAAAUAAACGUGUCCAAAGUA